UUGAAAAGAUACUUGAUGCGCUAGGCACCUUAAGGAAUGAGAUGGUGCCUCUUCGUAUUAAUACAAAGCGUGUUCACGAGCUUGCUUCCUCCCUUAUGUCACCUUCCAGCCUUAUAUCACAUACCACUUCGUCUCCAGGUAAAGAAAGUGUCAAUUCAAGGUCCAAGAUUCUGGAGGAACUGCAAAACUUGCUUCCUGCUUCUGUUAUAAUCCCAGAAAAGAGGUUGGAGUGUUUAGUUGAGAAUUCCCUUCAUAUCCAGCGGGAUUCUUGUGUUUUCCAUAAUACCUUGGAUAGUGAUUUGUCUUUGUAUACCGAUCAUCAAUGCGGGAAGCACCAACUUCCUUCUCAGACUGUUCAGAUCUUGGCGUCACAUACCGAUGAAGUUUGGUUCUUGCAAUUCUCUCAUAAUGGCAAAUAUCUGGCGUCGUCUUCCAAGGAUCAGACUGCGAUUAUAUGGGAGAUCAACGCAGAUGGGAAAAUUUCGUUGAAGCAUACGCUUGUUGGCCACCAGAAACCCGUAAUUGCCAUCUUAUGGAGUCCUGAUGAUCGUCAAGUUCUUACAUGUGGAGCAGAAGAGGUUAUCAGACGCUGGGAUGUUGAUUCAGGAGACUGUGCUCAAAUGUAUGAAAAAGGUGGUAUUAGUCCCAUUUCUUGCGGAUGGUAUCCUGACGGCCAGGGAAUAAUCGCUGGGAUGACAGACCGAAGCAUAUGCAUGUGGGAUUUAGAUGGUAGAGAGAUAGAAUGCUGGAAAGGUCAGAGGACGCAGAAGGUAUCAGAUAUAGCAAUGACAGAUGAUGGAAAGUGGCUCGUAAGUGUAUGCAAGGAUUCGGUGAUUUCCCUAUUUGAUAGGGAAGCUACAGUGGAGAGAUUGAUUGAAGAGGAAGACAUGAUAACAUCGUUCUCGCUUUCGAAUGACAACAAAUAUCUUCUGGUAAAUCUCCUAAACCAGGAAAUCCGUCUCUGGAAUAUCGAAGGUGACCCCAAGAUUGUGUCGAGGUACAAAGGCCACAGGCGUUCACGAUUCAUCAUCCGAUCAUGCUUUGGUGGGUACAAACAAGCUUUUAUUGCUAGUGGAAGCGAGGAUUCUCAGGUAUACAUUUGGCACAGAUCAACAGGGAAGUUAAUCACUGAGCUACCAGGGCAUGCAGGAGCGGUUAACUGCGUGAGCUGGAGCCCGACGAACCUUCACAUGUUGGCUUCAGCAAGCGAUGAUGGAACCAUAAGGAUAUGGGGACUUGACAAGAUUAACCAACAGAAUCAGAAGAAGAAGCAAGUGCAAGGAAGUAAUAGUAACGGCGUGAUUCACCGAUGCAAUGGGAAUUGAUUUAUGAUAAUAAUAAUAAAAAAAAUGAAUGAAUUUCGUAAAAACUAUUUUAACAGUUAAAUGUUGUUUCUUCUUUCUUCUUCAUCUUCUUCCUCUUUUUGUUUGCUUCUCUUCCUUUGGUUAUGGAAAGCAAAAGAAAGAAGGCAAAAGCUGUUCUCUUUUUUAGUAUUAUCCUGAACGCAGAAAGAAAAAAAGUGAAAGAAAAUGCAAUUUACAACAUUAUUGCUUCCCUA